AUGAGCCGCCAGAUAAAGGGUCAGGAAAAGGAAGUGCGAGGUGGAGUGGGAGAAGGGGUGAGGAGCAGCUCUCCACUCACAGGUGACAGAUCGGGGAGGAGACCCUCAAGCAAGCAAGUUCCCAAAGCCCAGGGUCCACCCAGCAGGCGUGGAGCUCAGUCUGGCCAGAGGGAACGGGCUGGGGGAAGCCCAAGGCCAGGGUCCCCCCGGAGGAAGCAGACAGAUCACGGGAGGCGCCAUGAAGAGCCAGGAGCACGAGAGCGGAGCAACACACAGAGGACCUCCGAGAAGAAGAGGAAGAGGGACGGGAGAGCUUCCCUCAAGGAGCAGAGAGCACCCUCAAAGAAGGCAAAGGAGGUUCCAAGGAAGGAGGAGACAGGGAAGCGGCUAAAGAAAUCCAGAUCAUCCUCCUUGGCCUCCAGUGCCUCUGGAGGGGAGUCCCUGUCUGAAGAGGAACUGGCCAGGAUCCUGGAGCAGGUGGAAGAGAAAAAGCAGCUCAUCGCCACCAUGCGGAACAAGCCGUGGCCCAUGCAGAAGAAGCUGGCAGAGCUCAGGGAGGCCCAGGCAUUUGUGGAGAAGUAUGAAGGAGCCUUGGGAAAGGGAAAAGGCAAGAGACUCUACGCCUAUAAGAUGCUGAUGGCCAAGAAAUGGGUCAAGUUUAAAAGAGACUUUCAUAAUUUCAAGACUCAGUGUAUCCCCUGGGAAAUGAAGAUCAAGGAUAUUGAAAGUCACUUUGGUUCUUCGGUGGCAUCCUAUUUCAUCUUUCUCCGAUGGAUGUAUGGGGUUAAUCUUGUCCUUUUUGGCUUAAUAUUUGGUCUAGUCAUAAUCCCAGAGGUACUGAUGGGCAUGCCCUAUGGAAGUAUCCCCAGAAAGACAGUACCUCGGGCUGAAGAAGAAAAAGCCAUGGACUUUUCCGUCCUUUGGGAUUUUGAGGGCUACAUCAAGUAUUCCGCUCUCUUCUAUGGCUACUACAACAACCAGAGGACCAUCGGGUGGUUGAGGUACAGGCUGCCUAUGGCUUACUUUAUGGUGGGGAUCAGCGUGUUUGGCUACAGCCUGAUGAUUGUCAUUAGGUCGAUGGCCAGCAAUACCCAGGGAACCACGAGUGAAGGGGAGAAUGAUAACUUCACGUUCAGCUUCAAGAUGUUCACCAGCUGGGACUACCUGAUUGGGAAUUCAGAGACGGCCGACAACAAAUAUGUCUCCAUCACCACCAGCUUCAAGGAAUCCAUAGUGGAUGAACAAGAGAGUAACAAAGAAGAAAAUAUUCAUCUAACAAGAUUUCUUCGUGUCCUUGCCAACUUUCUCAUCAUCUGCUGUUUGUGCGGAAGUGGGUACCUCAUUUACUUUGUGGUGAAGCGAUCCCAGGAAUUCUCCAAAAUGCAGAAUGUCAGUUGGUAUGAAAGGAAUGAGGUGGAGAUCGUGAUGUCCCUGCUUGGGAUGUUUUGUCCCCCUCUGUUUGAAACCAUCGCUGCCCUGGAGAAUUACCACCCACGCAUUGGACUGAAGUGGCAGCUGGGACGCAUCUUUGCCCUCUUCCUGGGGAAUCUCUACACAUUUCUCUUGGCCCUCAUGGAUGACGUCCACCUCAAGCUCUCUAAUGAAGAGACAAUAAAGAACAUCACUCACUGGACUCUGUUUAACUAUUACAACUCCUCGGGUUGGAAUGAGAGUGUCCCCCGGCCACCCCUGCAUCCUGCCGAUGUGCCCCGGGGUUCUUGCUGGGAGACAGCUGUGGGCAUUGAAUUCAUGAGGCUGACAGUGUCUGACAUGCUGGUAACGUACAUCACCAUCCUGCUGGGGGACUUCCUUCGGGCUUGUUUUGUCCGGUUCAUGAAUUACUGCUGGUGCUGGGACCUGGAGGCUGGAUUUCCCUCAUAUGCUGAGUUUGAUAUUAGUGGAAAUGUGUUGGGUUUGAUCUUCAAUCAAGGAAUGAUCUGGAUGGGCUCCUUCUAUGCUCCGGGACUGGUGGGCAUUAACGUGCUGCGCCUGCUGACCUCCAUGUAUUUCCAGUGCUGGGCCGUGAUGAGCAGCAACGUCCCCCAUGCACGUGUAUUCAAGGCCUCCCGAUCCAACAACUUCUACAUGGGCCUCCUGCUGCUGGUGCUCUUCCUCAGCCUCCUGCCUGUAGCCUAUACCAUCAUGUCACUCCCACCCUCCUUUGACUGUGGGCCAUUCAGUGGGAAAAAGAGAAUGUAUGACGUCCUCCAAGAGACCAUUGAAAAUGAUUUCCCAAACUUCCUGGGCAAGAUCUUUGCGUUCCUUGCCAAUCCAGGCCUCAUCAUUCCAGCCAUCCUGCUGAUGUUCCUGGCCAUCUACUACCUGAACUCAGUUUCCAAAAGCCUUUCCCGGGCUAACGCCCAGCUGAGGAAGAAAAUCCAAGCGCUCCGUGAAGUUGAGAAGAGCCACAAAUCUGUCAAAGGCAAAGCCGCAGUCAGAGAUUCAGAAGACACACCUAAGAGUAACUCCAAAAAUGUUGUCCAGCUCCAGCUCACCAAGGAAGAGACCACACCUCACUCUGUCAGCCAAAACCAGACCCCAGACAAGAAGACACAGGGCCCUGGGGCCUCCCGUUCUGCCAGCCGGACCACGCUGCCUGCCUCUCAGCACCUCCCUGUGUCUCGGCCUCCUGGAAUCAGACCAGAUUCUGUGCAAUCCCGGUCUCAGACUCAUCCUCAGAAGUCAGCCUCUGGAAAAAGUGCUCAGAGACGUCCACACUGA